AAUUUUAUUGGUUAAAAUUGACACCUGAUAAAAACCACAUCCAUUAAAAUAGAUGACCACUAUCAUAUUUUAAAAGUUCAUCAUUUAUAUUCAAGAAUAUCAUUUAUAGAGGAAUUUGACAAAGAAUGGUGUACACGUUGAAUUAAAUCGGUGCAGUUCUUUCUCAAGUUCUCAAUUAAUGAUAUCUAAAAUAGUCCUAAAUAAGUGCGCUUUUUUUUAGAUCUCUGCUUUCGAGUCUGUCUUUCAGUUUUUCCAAGUCCAAACUUUUCUGAUACCAUUCCAUCUCAAUCGGCACCGCAACGCCAUUAAAAUUCGAGCUUUGGACGCAUCAUAGAAACCGUAAAAUAAAACCCAAUACUCCACAAAGCGAAAAGCUUUCGUCUUUCGCUCAUUCAUUCACCUACUUUUUUGGCUUUUUUUUUUGUUUAGCUAGAGUUGGGUUCGCCAUGGCUGCGGCUUCUUCUGAAACCACUUCUCCUGCGACGAAACACAGUUUGUGGAAAUGGGUUUUUUGUGUUGCAGGGAUCAUGAGCACUCUGGUCAUCUAUGGCGUCUUACAGGAGAAAAUUAUAAGAGUUCCCUAUGGGAAGGACAAAGAAUUCUUUAAGUUUUCGUUGUUUCUUGUUUUCUGCAACCGCAUUACUACAUCUGUUGUUGCUGCUGCUUUUCUGCUGGCAAGUAAAAAACCCUUGGAUCCUGCAGCUCCAAUAUACAAAUAUUGUGCCAUUUCAAUAUCAAACAUUCUAACAACGACAUGUCAAUAUGAGGCACUCAAGUAUGUCAGUUUCCCAGUUCAGACACUAGCGAAGUGUGCAAAGAUGAUACCUGUGAUGAUAUGGAGCACAUGUAUCAUGCGGAAGAGCUAUGGAAGGCAGGACUAUCUAUUGGCUGUGCUAGUGACAGUGGGGUGCUCUUUAUUCAUUCUAUCUCCAGCAGCAGGUGACAUCAGCCCAUACAGUAACAGGAGAGAAAGUACUGUGUGGGGCGUUUCUCUAAUGGUUGGUUAUCUUGGGUUUGAUGGCUUCACAAGCACAUUUCAGGACAAGUUAUUUAAAGGAUACAAUAUGGAGAUCUAUAAUCAAAUAUUCUACACAGCCAUGUGCUCCUGUGUUCUUAGCUUGAGUGGUCUUAUAUUUCAAGGACAUCUUCUUCAAGCUAUAGAUUUCGUAUUCCACCACCAAGAUUGCUUCUUUGAUGUUGUGCUGCUCUCUACUGUGGCAACAAUCAGUCAGUUCUUCAUUUCGUACACAAUUCGGACAUUUGGGGCGCUAACUUUUGCCACCAUAAUGACAACAAGACAGGUUUGA